CCACCUCUCCUCCGCUGAAGCCUUUUGCGAGCGGAGCAACCAGGGACAGUUUACUGACGCCUCCACAUUAUCUUUAGGUGGCAUUGGCAGCUGGGAAUGGGCCCGGUGUGUUCGGUCCUUCCAGCUGCACCGCCCGGGAGGAAAGAUAAGUGAGUGGAAGGAGCCCCCAAAUCAAGGAAUAAUCACUCAACCCGGGAAAGAGUAGCCACCAGGGUAAUGAGGAGCUGUUCUCCUCUCCCAGAGCAAUAUUGUAGAAAUAGCUGGUCGAAUCUUUUCAGAGUCAGCAUGUGAGCCAAGUGGCUGUAAGUGGCCCCUUCUUUUUACCAGUGUUUCCUUGCCUGGGUGGUUCUGUAGAAGAGAUGGUGAUAAAGAGCUCUGCCUUUUGUAUCUCUUAUGUUUGCACUGCACUGGAAAAUAGUUGGGGCUGAGCCUAGCUGAUCCCUUAGGGGAGAAAGGAUGAGUGAGGAGAGACAGUAGCUGUUCUCUCUCAUUGUUGCUUCUUGAGUUGAUAAAUAUCCUUGAACUGCCAUUUAUUUAGUCACUUUGGUAGGAGAAGGUGAGUAGAAGUAUAGAGGAGGAGGAAGGCUUCUAGCAGGAUGCCCUUCAGUGGAAGGGGCUGGAAGUGAAGGUGUUAUUGAGAUGCUGAAAUAUUGUUAGUUGUGCCUAAUGGGUGCUGAUUAGAGAUGCCAGCCCUGCCUUUGGAAAAUAACUUCCGCAUGUUGCCUAUUUCUGUGUGAGUGACAGUUGCUUCAGGAACCUUGCAGAAGACCGCAGUGGGAUAAACCUUAAAGACCUCAUCCAGGAUCCUUCUUUGAGACACUGAUAGACUGGUGUGAUGAAAAAGAACUCAACUUGAUUUUAACAACUGGAGGAACAGGAUUUGCACCAAGAGAUGUCACACCUGAGAAAUUCCCAACAUUCCCAUUUUGUGGGCUCCAGAGAGGGUAUUCCAAGAAGAUGCAAGGACCUUCUGAGAAAGAACCCCAACUUCAAAGCUACUAAAGAAGUAAUAGAACGGGAGGCCCCAGGGAUGGCCUUGGCAAUGCUGAUGGGAUCACUUAAUGUUACACCUCUGGGCAUGCUCUCUAGACCUGUGUGUGGAAUCAGAGGGAAAACUCUCAUAAUUAACCUUCCAGGUAGCAAGAAAGGAUCACAGGAAUGCUUUCAAUUUAUACUACCAGCCCUACCUCAUGCCAUUGAUCUUUUACGGGAUGCCAUUGUAAAAGUAAAAGAGGUUCAUGAUGAACUUGAAGAUCUACCUUCACCACCACCACCUCUUUCUCCUCCUCCAACCAUCAGCCCUCACAAGCAGACAGAAGACAAAGGUGUACAGUGUGAGGAAGAGGAGGAAGAGAAAAAAGAUAGUGGAGUUGCUUCAACAGAGGAUAGUUCCUCCUCGCAUAUAACUGCUGCAGCCAUUGCAGCAAAGAAGCAUCCAUCCUAUACCAGUUCUGCUGUUAUCAUGGCAAAAGGUGAACAUCCCAUUCCUGGUCUCAUCUGUUAUCCCUCUCACUCAUCAGACAGUGCAGGAGAACCGAUUCCAGAUUCCAUCAUAUCUCGUGGUGUUCAGGUGCUCCCACGAGACACAGCCUCACUUAGCACUACCCCUUCAGAAUCCCCUCGUGCCCAAGCUACUUCUCGUCUCUCUACUGCUUCCUGUCCCACACCAAAACAAAUUAGACGCCCGGAUGAAAGCAAAGGAGUUGCUAGUAGAGUUGGAUCCCUCAAAGUCCAAUCCAGGUGCAGCAGUAAGGAGAACAUCCUCCGAGCAAGUCACAGUGCCGUAGACAUUACAAAAGUAGCAAGAAGACAUCGUAUGUCUCCAUUUCCAUUAACAUCUAUGGACAAAGCCUUCAUUACAGUUCUGGAGAUGACUCCAGUGCUUGGAACAGAAAUAAUCAAUUAUCGAGAUGGAAUGGGCAGAGUCCUUGCCCAAGAUGUUUAUGCAAAAGAUAACCUUCCACCUUUUCCAGCUUCAGUAAAAGAUGGCUACGCUGUCAGAGCUGCUGAUGGACCAGGGGAUCGUUUCAUUAUUGGGGAAUCCCAAGCUGGUGAGCAGCCAACUCAAACUGUAAUGCCUGGUCAAGUAAUGCGAGUUACAACUGGUGCUCCAAUACCCUGUGGUGCUGAUGCUGUGGUGCAAGUGGAAGACACAGAGCUUAUCAGGGAAUCUGAUGAUGGCACUGAAGAACUCGAGGUACGCAUUCUGGUGCAGGCUCGACCGGGUCAAGAUAUCAGACCUAUAGGACACGACAUUAAAAGAGGUGAAUGUGUAUUGGCCAAGGGAACCCAUAUGGGCCCAUCAGAGAUAGGUCUACUAGCAACUGUUGGAGUAACCGAAGUUGAAGUUAACAAGUUUCCAGUAGUUGCUGUAAUGUCUACAGGGAAUGAACUAUUGAAUCCUGAAGAUGACUUGUUACCAGGAAAGAUUAGAGAUAGUAAUCGUUCAACUCUUUUAGCAACAAUUCAAGAGCAUGGAUAUCCGACAAUCAACCUGGGGAUUGUAGGAGAUAACCCAGAUGAUUUACUUAACGCCUUGAAUGAAGGAAUCAGCCGUGCUGAUGUCAUCAUCACAUCAGGCGGGGUGUCAAUGGGAGAAAAGGACUAUCUUAAACAGGUGCUGGAUAUUGAUCUUCAUGCCCAGAUUCAUUUUGGCAGGGUUUUUAUGAAACCAGGGUUACCUACAACCUUUGCAACCUUGGAUAUUGAUGGGGUAAGAAAAAUCAUCUUCGCGCUCCCAGGGAACCCUGUGUCAGCAGUUGUUACCUGCAAUCUUUUUGUUGUCCCAGCACUGAGGAAGAUGCAAGGAAUUCUGGAUCCUCGUCCAACUAUUAUAAAAGCCAGGUUAUCAUGUGAUGUAAAAUUGGACCCUCGUCCAGAAUACCAUCGGUGCAUACUGACUUGGCAUCACCAAGAACCACUGCCUUGGGCACAAAGUACAGGGAAUCAGAUGAGCAGUCGUCUGAUGAGUAUGCGCAGUGCCAAUGGACUGUUGAUGCUACCUCCAAAGACAGAGCAGUAUGUGGAACUUCAUAAGGGAGAGGUGGUUGACGUCAUGGUCAUUGGAAGACUAUGAUGUUACCAGCAGGAGAAAAGUUUUGAUGCAUGUCCACAUAUCAUUGACUGUAUCCUGUAAUAUGCAACGGCACAGCUAGUUUUUCUGAAUUGGAUAAAAGUUGAUCAGUAUAAACACCUUGAACUAUAUUUCAAAUGGAUUUAAAUAAAUACCUUUUAAAAAAAACUUCAAAAACAAAUCUUAAAAGAAUUUAUUCUGAUUAUAUCAAAGCAACUUUUUCAUUUCUUGCAAUUGCUUUGUGUGUUCAAUGCUAGUUCCAAUAGCAGUAGCUUUUAGUAGACAGCGGUAGGUGCCUGCAGAACUUGUGUUUUUUCUCAUCUUUAAGAUUCAACUACUUAUGCUCUUAAAACAAGGCUGUCUGCUUAUUUAUACUAGUGUAGACAACACUUGGAUUUUCCCUUAUUAGUAUGCUUCAUAACUGCUUCACCAAGAGCUUCUGCUUGUUCUUUAUCGUAUCUCGUGUUGAUGUGCACAGUGCCAAAAGCAGAGUGGCUGCCCUGGGAACCCGAUCAAGCCCCAAGGUUUUCCUCCUUGCUGCGCGUUCAGGGAUACCUGUCAUCCCAGCAGCCACCCAGCUCAGUACUAUUGGGCAGUAACUGGAUACCUUUUGUUUAAACAAACAAACAAACAAAAAUUGCUUCCUUAAGUGCUGACAGCCUUUUUAACCAAUACAUUUAAAAUGUACAGAAUUAAAAUCUUUAAAAAAAAAAAAUCAAAGACUGAUCUUGUACAGAUAUUAGUGUUACCAGCAUUCAUGUGGAAAUUAAAUAAGAAAUAAAAACUAAUGUUAAACAACUCUGUACCAUAACAUUUUCUGUAAUGAUACUGAAAUUUAAAUGAAUAAAAAAAAUCCUGAAUCAUUAUUUAAAA